AAGAAGCCGGGAGCAAGCCGGGAGCGUCCCUGAUGGUGCCGCCGCCUCCGAGCCGGGGAGGAGCGGCGAGGGAGCAGCUGGCCAAGAGCCUGGGUCCGCUGCUGCUGCUCCUGGCUCUGGGACACACGUGGAGCUACCGCGAGGAGCCCGAGAACAGUGACAGAGAAGUCUGCUCAGAAAACAAAAUCACCACGACCAAAUACCCGUGUCUGAAGGCUUCGGGCGAACUCACCACGUGUUUCAGGAAAAAGUGCUGCAAAGGGUAUAAAUUUGUUCUUGGACAAUGCAUCCCAGAAGAUUAUGACGUGUGUUCCGAGGCGCCCUGUGAACAGCAGUGCACAGAUAACUUCGGCCGUGUGCUGUGCACUUGUUACCCGGGAUACCGGUAUGACCGCGACAGAUACCGGAAGCGGGAGAAGCCCUACUGCCUAGAUAUCGACGAGUGUGCCACCAGCAACGAGACACUGUGUGCACACAUCUGUGUCAACACUGUGGGCAGCUACCGCUGUGAAUGCCGGGAGGGCUACAUCCAGGAGGACAACGGGAGGACAUGCAUCAAGGGAGACAAGUACCCCAAUGACACUGGGCACGAGGAGAAGUCUGAGAAUGCGGUGAGAGCCAGCACUUGCUGCGCUUCGUGCAAGGAGUUCCACCAGAUGAAGCAGACGGUGCUGCAGCUGAAGCAAAAGAUUGCCCUGUUCCCCAACAGUGCCGCCGACCUGGACAAGUACAUCACUGACAACAAGGUGCUGGCCUCCAACGCCUACCUGCCGGGACCUCCUGGCCUGCCUGGGGGCCAGGGCCCUCCCGGCUCGCCGGGACCGAAGGGCAGCCCAGGCUUCCCCGGUGUGCCGGGCCCUCCAGGGCAGCCGGGCCCGCGGGGCUCCAUGGGGCCCAUGGGACCAUCUCCUGACCUGUCCCACAUUAAGCAAGGCCGGAGGGGCCCUGUGGGCCCGCCGGGUGCCCCAGGAAGGGAUGGCUCUAAGGGAGAGAGAGGAGCCCCUGGACCCAGAGGGUCUCCGGGCCCCCCGGGUUCUUUCGACUUCCUGCUGCUGAUCCUGGCCGACAUCCGCAACGACAUCACUGAGCUGCAGGAGAAGGUGUUCAGGCCCCAGGCACGCCCUCCAGCAGACGACCUCCCUCUAGCUCAGGAAUUCUCCAACUAUCCAGAAACCAUGGACUUUGGCUCCGGAGAUGACUCCAUGGAAAGAACUGAGGCAAGAGACCUGGGGGCCCCCAGAGACUUUUACCCUUAGCACGUGCCAACAGCUUCAUGGCAAAGGAAGAGGAGAGCUUUCAUACCCGCAGUUAAAUCAUCUAAAGAAAAGACCAAAAACAAAAAAACCACCCACCACUGGAGACCUGGACAAGAUACAUUAUUUUCUUUACUCCUUUCCUGCCUUCUACCUGCUUCUUGUUUGCUCUCUGCUAGACAGUGCUAGACAUGAGGGAGUAAAGGAAUGAUUUAUAUGCCUCCCCCUGAGAGCAUGUAGGGUGGUUGACAUUGGAACUUCUCCCCUAUUUAUUUAUUUCUUUUAAGAACUUCUGACUUUCUGGAUUAAGCACUCUCACAGUAUCUUAGAUUUGACAGAAUCAGAAGGAAAAGUGGCGAGGUGAGCUCAAAGAAAUGUGAGGUUACUUAUAAAAAGAAUUAGAUGCAUGGCCCAAAGAGGCUUUUACUCCUCAGUAUAAAAACAAGGCCUCUUCAAUGAAAAGGGGGAGACGCGAAUGUAUAUUUCCUUUGGUGGAUGAUUCUUUUUCUUUGUUGAUCUAAUAGAGUUUAAAUAUUUAGCCUCUUGUCCAACUUCAUUUCCCAAUGUUGAUUAAGGAUAGGAGUUCAGAAGGAGUGGAGAUUAUUAAUCAAAACAUGUACUGUCAUAUAGGUUGGCACAUUCUAAAUUCAAAAAUGACCAUUAAGCGUCCGUGUGGCUCUUAUCUCUCAGUAUCCUAUCCAGAAAAGGAAGAUACUGUAGGUUGAGGACUAAGUCUUCUUUUCCAAAAAGAAAACUGAAUCAAGGACCCUGAUUCACCUUAGAACAACGGGCUCCUGGCUUGCCAGGACAUUUUAAAGCUAUUGGAUUGAAUGCGUGGACUUAUUCAGUAAAUCACAGAUUCUUGGUUGUACGAGGGUGGCUGACCCUCAGAGAGAGGAGCAGAAGUUCCCAGGCUCUGACUGGGUGCCCAGAGGGGUCAUUAGGCAAUGAUUCCGGUUGGAUCAAAGUACAGUGGAGCGCAGGGCUGGGAGGAGGUGGCUGGCUUGGAUUGUUGGC